AUGGCUGCUGAGAGAGUGACGAGUGCAGUAAAUGAGUUUAUCAAGGAGGCGGUGCUGGCAGCAGUGAGAGAGGAGCUGGCUGAACACAAGGAGGAGGUGGAUGAGUUGCGGCACAUGCUGACAGCAAUGCAGGGGGAGUUGGCAGUGGUGAAAAUGGAGUUGGCGGAACACAAGGGCGCCAGGGCAGAGCAAUACCUAAAUUUAAGUGAUGAGCUGGAAAUCAGUCAGAAUGAAGGAGCAUGGAAGGCAAUCAAGUCAGCAUCACAAACGGCCUAUCUGAAACUGAGUAAUCUCCAAGGCCUCUCAGACGCGAUGCUCGCCCAUGUUUCCACCAUGACACAUCUGAAGUUCAUUAACUUGCAAUCUAGCUCAGGCUUCAGUGCAGAGGGCAUCAAGCACCUCUACAGGCUGCCACAGCUAGUGGACCCAGAUCUCAGAGACACCAACUUAUCAGACGAUGCCUUCAAAAUGCAGGAAAAUUUAUGGGAUGAGGCAUGGGAUGAGGUAUGGGAUGAGGUAUGGGAUGAAGUAUGGGAUAAGGCAUGGGAUGAGGUAUGGGAUGAGGCAUGGGAUGAGGUCUGGGAUGAGGCAUGGGAUGAGGUAUGGGAUGAGGCAUGGGAAGAGGUAUGGGAUGAGGCUUGGCAUGAGGUAUGGGAUGAGGCAUGGGAUGAGGUAUGGGAUGAGGCAUGGGAGGCAUGGGAUGAGGCAUGGGAUGAGGUAUGGGAUGAGGUAUGGGAUGAGGUAUGGGAUGAGGUAUGGGAUAAGGUAUGGGAUGAGGCAUGCAUGCACAUCUGGCCCAACACUAGAGUUCCUGAUAGCACACACAAACACGGCUGCUCAUGUAACUUCGAAAUAUGUAAUUUUUCUUGUAAUUAUAAGAUGAUGCUUGAUUUGUAG